AUGCGGUGCUGUGCGGUGCUGGCAGCUCAGCUCAUCGGGCACGUCUGUGACACGCUUUUGACACUCUUUUUUUCAGUUAUCCAGCUCUGCUUACUAGAGGAGCGCCCGCGAGAGCCCUUUGUACGGUCCGGGCGGGUAACGCCCGUGCAUCGCCGUCUUGGCCGGGUAGCCUGUUCGCCCCAGCUUUGCGUGCUGCCCGGACUGUUACCCGGAGUGCCCAUUCCGCGGCUCGCACCCCGGCGCCCCGCCGAAAGUUGGAGAAGCCGGCGCGCCGGCUUCUCCAUGCUGCCAGAGGCUGUCCGGUGUCCGGUGUCCGCCCUCCGGCACCGGACACUCUCGCAGCCCAGUCGGACAGAUGGCAGCCAGCAAGAAAUGCUCCUGAACAAUCCGCCGCUCACCAGGUCGGGAAAGGAGGGACAGGACCAGGCAAAGACGAAAAAAACAACGGAAAGGAAAAAAAGCAAAGAGCAAUCAAUAAACAAAGACAUGAUUAGAAUUGACCAUUUCAUCAAAAAACAGGUCCAAGAAACAAGAGACGAUCGGCAUUCGAAAUCGUAUUGCAAGAGUGUCUAG